AGUUGACAAUUCCACCAUAGCUAAGAUAGCUUCAGCUAAAUAAAGUCAUAUCCUAACUCUCUACAAAAAUAAAGCCUAUCCAUUUAUUAUCGUGGAUUCAAUGGAUCCAUUAAUAGCCUCGGGAAAAUCCGAAACAGAAUUAGGCUCAUUCUGAUUUUGAGUUUUGGAAUAAAAUCAAUUUUUUAAUCGCUGAGAAAAAUAUGGCGAGCCCAAAUCACAAGAGCAGGGAAAGUGAAGUGAAAGCCUUCGAUGAUUCCAAAAUCGGCGUGAAAGGCUUAGUCGAAAAUGGCAUAACCCAAGUUCCAAAAAUCUUCAUCAAUCCACAAAAAAAUGAUCCACAACAAACACUCACCUCCGACAUUGACGCGCAAUUGAAGUUCCCAUUGCUCGAUCUAGAAGGCGUCGGCGAAGAUCCGAUCAAGCGGAGGGCCGUCGUGGACGGCGUUCGCGAAGCCUCGGCGAGCUGGGGUUUCUUCCAAGUGAUCAACCACGGGAUUGCGGAGGGCGUGAUGGAGGAGAUGAUCGAUGGGGUGCGUCGCUUCUUCGCGCAAGACGGCGAAGAGAUGAAGAAGUGGUAUACGAGGGAUAUGAAGAGAAGGGUUGUUUACAACAGCAACUUCGAUUUGUAUAGCGCGCCGUCGGCGAAUUGGAGAGACACCGUUUACUGUGAGAUGGCGCCGCAUCUUCCUCAACCUCACGAAUUGCCCGCGGUUUGCAGUGAUAUAAUGAUUGAAUACACAAAACAAGUUUUACAGCUAGGAAGAACUCUGUUUCAAAUAUUAUCGGAGGCACUCGGCCUCAAGGCCGAUCGCCUCAUAGACAUGAAAUGCGCGGAGGGGAUUGCUAUGUUGCUGCAUUACUACCCGGAAUGCCCUCAGCCGGAGCUAACCCUAGGCACGAGCAAGCACGCUGACAGCGACUUCCUAACGGUGUUGCUAACCGACCAAGUACAAGGGCUACAAGUUCUUCACCGGAACCAGUGGUUCGAUGUGCCCUCUGUGCCGGGAGCUCUUGUAGUAAACAUUGGUGAUCUUCUUCAGCUUAUAUCAAAUGACAGAUUUAUCAGUGCUGAGCACAGAGUAGUGGUGAAUAGCUCGAGUUCGAGAGUUUCGGUGGCGUGUUUCUUCAGAAACGACCCGGCUAGGCCCACGGAGGUCUACGGGCCGAUUGAAGAGCUCGUGUCCGAAGACGAUCCACCGAGAUAUAGGGCAACUACUAUAGAAGAGUAUGUUACUUACUAUAACUCAAAGGGGCUGGAUGGAGCUUCUGCUUUGUCACAUUUUCGAAUUUGAACUUGGUUUACUACAUGUUAAUGGGGUUGAGUGUUUGUGUUGAUGAAUGGUUUGAAUAUGCUGGCUUGCUUCUACAAAUAUGAUAAAUAAUGAAUUGUCUGAUUUUACCACACACAGCAAAAAAAGCAUAAAAACUUGUGUAAGGUGGGUAAUAGUUGGGUUCCAAAUCCAUAUUUUGUAAUUUUGUUGGUAUUUGUAAUUUCAAACAUGUUACUCUCUUCGUCUCGUAACAUUUGACCUAAUUCUUUUUUACACUGUUAUAUAGUAGAAAAGUAAAAUUAUAAUGUAAAAA